GCGGCCGAACCGCGAAACAAACUAUACACCGUUGCCACUCCGUACUUAUAAUUUCGCUAGACGUAAAUUUCAUCGGAAACAGUUCAAUGGACUUUGUAAAUCCCGAAACGUAUCAAGUAACGUGUAACACGUGGUAAUCUAAGAAAGUGGUGUUUCAAAAUCUGUUAUUUAUCAAUAUAUGUGUAUUAAAAAGUGAUAAUAUAGCAUCCGCGCGUGUGAGAAUCGUGACUAAGUCCCGUUGGAAGAUUCUGCGUCCGUUUUAGGUUUAAAGGUUCCGUGCAGUGUGUUACGGUGCAGUGUUGUGUGUGUGUGUGUGAGUAUGGCUAGCUAGCGGCGGUAUGCGCGCCCGCUAGCCAUGCCGGCGGCGGUGUCAUGGCGCAGUAUUCACGGACACAGCCGAUGCACAGGCCCGGGCAGUCGGAGCACGGGCACGGUGCGCUGGCGUACGGCGGCAAGCAGGUCGGCGUGGCGCAGGCGCGGCCAGCGGCCCCCUACGCGCCCAACUAUCCUCCCACGCCGCUGCGGCUGCAUCAGACUGGCUAUGGCUCCGCUCCUUUGUACAGCUAUGGGCGCAGCGGCAACUCGGUGGGCGAGUACCGGUCCGGCGCGCGGAUGUCGCUGCUCGGCUCCGCGUACCUGCCGCCGCCCCCCGGCCCGCCCGCGCACCACCCCCCACCCGCGGACCCGCCGCCCUUCAAGAAGAUCCGGCUCUCGGCGGAGCGGCCGCACCAGCACCAACCGCACCAGCCGCUCAGGGUCGAUACUAGAGAGCCCGUUAUGAACUCGUAUAACACGGUGGAAGUGCUCUCGCCGAACCCACCCUCAGAGCCGACCAUCGAAGACCAGAACUUUCGCACCACCAAAGAUGAUCUGUUACAACAAAUAUCUAAGGUGGAUAGAGAGAUGGCGCUGUCGGAAGCGACGCUGGCGAAGCUGAAGAAGAAGCAAGAGGAACUGGAGCAGUCGGCCUCCAAGCCGGCCGCGGCGCAGGAGCCCGAGGAGGCGCCGCCCCGCCACCGCAGCCUGCCGCAGUGCAUAUACGCCGAUAAUAGGAAACGGGCGGCGGCCGGGCACGCUGCGCUCGCGCACCUCGGCCCGGAAGUGACGUACCCGCUGUACAACCAGCCGCAGGACACGCUCGUGUACCACGAGAACAUUCGCAAGCACAAGAGCUUCCGGAAGCGGCUGGCGGACCACUUGAGGGCGGUGAGGCUGGAGGCGGAGAAGAAAGAGGACGCACUAGCGGAAGCGUACAGCCGGCGGGCGGCCGACUGGAUGCGCCGCGUCGAGCGGCUGGAGCAGGGACAGAAGAGGAAAGCCAAGGACGCACGGAAUAGGGAGUUCUUUGAGAAGGUUUUCCCCGAACUGCGGAAACAAAGAGAAGAGAGAGAGCGCUUCAACCGGCUCGGCGCCCGCGUGAAGUCGGAAGCCGAGCUGGAGGAGAUCGCUGACGGUCUACACGAGCAGGAGCACGAGGAUAAGAAGAUGAGGUCGCUCACUGUUGUGCCGCCGCUGCUCAGGGACCCCAAAGAGCCGAGGCCGCUGCACUUGGAUGUUAAUAAGCGCUGCAUAGACAUGGAGACCGAGCACAAAGAGCUGCAGCUGCGCAACGUGUGGACGGCGGGCGAGCGCGAGCUGUUCCGCGAGAAGUACCUGCAGCACCCCAAGAACUUCGGCCAGAUCGCCUCCUUCCUGCCGCGCAAGAGCGUGCGCGACUGCGUCAGGUUCUACUACCUAUCGAAAAAAGCUGAGAACUACAAGCAACUACUGCGGAAACCCCGGCCGCGGAGGCACGCGCGGCCGAGGCCCCCGCCGGAGCCCGAGCUGGCCCCCGGGGCCUCCACCGGCGUCACCACCCGCCUGCAGCGCUCGCAGGGUUCCGCUCGCGCUGUGGACAAGGAGACGGCGGAGGAUGCGGGGGUUGCGGGGGUUGCGGGGGUUGCGGGGGUGGCCGACAUCAACGGCAUCCCCAUGCCGCCGCACGCGCCGCCCUCCGCGCACCCCUCCAGGUCGGAGCUGAGCCGCACGCCGCCGCUGCCGCCGUCGCCGCCGCCCGCGUCGUCCGCGCCGCCCGCGCCGGUGGCGGGCGCGCCGGGCGGCGGGCUCACCGCGCCCGCGCUCACCGCGCCCGCGCUCGCCGACCCCGCCGCGCUGCCGCCCGCGCCGCACCUCGCGCACCUCGCGCCCGCGCAGCCCGCUCAGCCCGCGCAGCCUGCGCAGCCCGGCCUGCUCAGCGCGUACCCCGACAUUGCGAGAGAACCACCGGUAUCGUCGAGUCCGAACGUCACAAUAACAAGCACAGCCGGUCCCACGGUCACGAGCGCAACGAGCGCGAGUCCCACGGCCGCGAGUCCGACGGCCGCGAGCGCGGGUGCGGGCUGCGCGAGCGCGAGUACGGGCGGCGCGAGUGCGGGCGGCGCGAGCGCGGGUGGGGCGGGUGCGGGCGUGUGCCUCAGCGCGAUCAGCCUGCCGCCCGGCAGCCCGGCCGCCGCGCCGGCGCCGCGCACGCCGCCGCCCGACGCGCCCGCGCGGGACCUCGUGGAGGCGACGAGCGCCACAUCUGUUAUUACUUCGGCGGCGCCGAGCAGCCCCGCGGGCGGCGGGCGGGCGAGCGCGCCGCACACGCCGCAGCCCGCGCAGCCGCCCACGCCCACGCAUCCGCCGCCCACGCCCGAGACUGCGUUAAUAGAGCGCACGAGCACACCGUCAUCCACAGCGACGUCCACUACGAUAACCACAGUGUCCGCGGCCGGCGAGUGCGCGAUAUGCUUCACGGCGAACGCGACGCGAAGCGUGACCGCGACGAACGCGAAACAGUACGGGCUGGACGCGAACACUGUUGGCGAGAAGGUGUGCGAGGGCUGCCACUGCCAGUUCGUGCGCGCGCGCCGCAGCCGCUGCAGCGUGCGCUCGUGCACGGGCCCGCGCGCCAAGCGCCUGCGCCACCUGCCGCCGCGCUGGCACGACCUGCCGCUCGAGGACAAGCGGCCCAUCAUGGAGGAGUUCCAGAUCCCGAGCACGCUGAGCAAGUGCUGCCUGACGUGCUUCAAGCGCAUCACGCGGCGGCUGGAGGCGCUGGGCGGGGGCGCGGGGGCGGGCGGGGGCGCGGGCGCGGGGGCGGGCGCGGAGCCCAGCGAGGAGGAGGCGGCGCGGUUCCGCGCGCUGCUGCGCGAGCACGGGCCCGCGUGGGAGCGCAUGGCGGCCGCGAGCGGGCGCGCCGCCGCCAGCCUCAAGGCGUUCUACUUCACGUACCGGCGGCGCCUGCAGCUGGACGCGCUGGCGCCGGCGCCCGACAGCAGCUCGGGCGGCUCCGACACGGCCAGCGCGGGCUCGCCGCGCGCGCCGGGCCCGCGCACCGACGCCGCCGCGCCGCGCCGCCGCGCGCGCCGCGACGAGUACGACUCCUCCGCCACCGAGACCGCCGACGAGGAGAACGACGCGCCCAGCGCCAAGACGGCGACGAGCGGCGCGGCGACGUCGCUGAGCCAGGCGUGCGCGGCGACGGCGGCGAGCGUGAGCGCGCCCCCCAGCGUGAGCGCGCCCGCCAGCGUGAGCGUGAGCGGCCCGGGCGUGAGCGCGAGCGCGCCGCUCACGGUGCGCGACGUCGUGCUCAACAUGAUCGAGGUCAGCCUCAUGAAGAACCCGCGCCCGCCGCCGCAGCCGCUGCCGCCUAAGCCGAACCACGAACUGGCAACCUUGACGGUGGUGAGCGGGUCGCACCACAGCGGCAGCUCACCAGCCAGACCUCCCACUUCUACUGCUGAUGCACCGGACUUGGUGUUACUGCAAGUGGAGCGGCCCCCUACGGCGGGUGCGGCAAGUGCAGCAGGUGCGGCAGGUGCGGCGGGUGCGGCGGACUCGCUGCUCGACCUCACCGUCAAGCGGCCGCGCCUCGACCGACACCCCCCACCCUCUCCAUACCGCAACGCCGACUACCAAACCACGUACCGGCCGCAGCCUGAGCGGGAGUCCCCCAACCAGUACGCGACGAAACCCAAACCGGUCGCCUCCCCGCGACCCACCAUCAAGCUGCCCAACCCCAAGGGUUCUAUCACCCUCGGCACCCCAGUGGAGAGCCGCUUCGAGGCGCAGCGGACCCCGCCGGACCCCAAGACGGGGUCCAUCACCGCCGGCACUCCGGUGCACAACCCCCACCACCUGCAGGACAAGCGAUACUUCGACAACAGGCGGAGAAGCCCGGGCGGUGCUUACUAUGGGACGAAUCAGCCCCGGCCGCAGUCACCCUCGUUCUCCACGGCGCCAAACGCAGCGGUGGCCCGCGGCCCGUACGGGCUCGAGCGGCGGCAGAUCAUGCUGACGGACUUCAUCACCUCGCAGCAGAUGCACGGCGGAGCGCGGCGCGAGCGGGAGCCGCAUCCGCACGCGCACGCGCACCACGCGCCGCACCACCCGCACGCGCCGCACCAGCAGCACACGCCGCACCAGCAGCACGCGCCGCACCAGCAGCACGCGCCGCACCAGCAGCACCAGAUACACCAGAUCCGGCGGGACAGGGACACGGUGUCGGUGAUACAGCGGCAUUCGCACGCGUACUCGCACCCGCACCCGCCGCCCGGUCACGAAGCAUUCACGCAGCUGGUAAACGCGGCGUCAGCGGCCGCAGCCCUGCCGGUGCCGCGCGCCCGCGAGCCGGAACCCGAGCCGCUGCACCACCAACACCACCAGCAGCACCCGCAGCACCCGCAGCACCAGCAGCACCCCCACCAGCAGCAUCAGCAGCACCCGCACCAGCAGCACCAGCACCAACACCAGCAGCAUCCGCAGCACCAUGAUAUUAGGGGCAGCCGCGAGUUCCCGCUGGGGCAGAAGUACGCGGCGGGCUACUCGGCCGACCUGGAGCGGCGCCCCUACGAGCGGGACCGGCCCGCGCCCGCCGGCAGAGACAGCAGGAACGAGCGCCUGGUGGCGAUGGGCUCGCGGCGCUACGUGGUGGACGUGGAGCACCACCACCCCCACACGCAGCAAGUGGUAACGAGUCAAGAAGACAAGCGGUUUAGCGGCAGCGCUGCGUACAGCGUGGCCAAGCCGCGGCCGCCGAUCGAAAGGAAAGACGGUCGACCACCGUCCACGUGCGCGUCAACCGUGAGCAGCUCGAGCGCGAGCGUGUCGGCGAGCGGCGCAGGCGCGAGCGUGAGCGGCGUGAGCGCGAGCGGCGCGGGCGUGAGCGGCGAGCGGCGAGCGACCGACGGCACGCUCACCGCCGCGUCGCUCAUCAACGCGAUCAUCACGCACCAGAUCAGCCAGACGUCGGACCAGCGGUUUCCGAAGAUCAUUCGCGAGGGCGAGCAGACGCCGCAAGCUGACCGCGGCCAGGCCGGGCCCGGCUGCGACCGUGACCGCGACCGUGACCGUGAGCGUGAGCGUGACCGCGAGCGCGUGAGGGAGGAGCCCAUCACCAGCGCCGCGCACACCACUAGCAUAAAACUUGGGGAUCUCGCGUCGAAUAUUAUCGUCAGGGACUUCAGUAGUCCGAACACAACUACGCUUAUACAUCCCAACAACAGGAUCCUACCCCCCACGGACAGCUACCCCCCCAACAGCGUGAGCAGCGUGUCGAGCGGCAGCGGCGGGGGUGCCGCGGGGAGCGGCGCGGCGGGAGGGGGAGGGAGUGGGACGGGAGGCGCGGGGGGAGCCGCGCAGGAGGAGUGGAGGCGGGAGAAGCACUCGUAUUUCGAGCCCGUGUCGCCUACCGAUAGCCAGCCUGUUAGCCGGAGCACUGACACGCGACACUACACAAGCGCGAGCAGCGCGACAAGCGGCACAAGUAGCGUCGGGGUCAGCGGGGUUAGCGGGGUCGGCGGGGUCAGCGGGGUCGGCGUCAGCGGCGUGCGCUGCGGCGUGCUGACCGCGUACGAUUACGUGACGGCGCGCAUCGUGGACGUGAUGCGGAACGACGCUGACAAGUUGCCCUUCGCCGCUGACAAGCUGCCCUUCAACACGCCCUACACCUACCCAUACUCCGCGCUCAACGUGGCCACGCCUAGCGAUCCGAGUUCAGGCGCGCCGCCCGCCGGCGUGGUGGCGGCGCCGCCGCUGGCGCGCGGCGCGGCCGCCGAGCCCGCGCCGCUCAUGUCGGCGCAGUACGAGCCGCUGUCGGACGAGGACUGACCCCCCGCCCCCCGCGACCCGCGCGAGCCCCGCGACCCGCGCGACCCCCGCCAGCCCCGCGCGCCCGACCCCCGCCAGCCCCGCGCGCUCUAGCGCCUGGCCGCGCGACCCACCGUCAUACGCACCGCCGCUCACCGCCACUAGACGCGCUUGUACGGAUGUCGAUUAGUCAGAGAUAUAUUUUUUAUUAAAAACUUAAACGUCAUUACAGACUAUUUCGUUGUAUUGUAUAAUUAAUUACUAUUGAAAAACAAUUUAUUUUUCUUGCGAAAUCAGAAGACAUAAAAUAUGUGUAUGUCUGUGUGUUUUGUGACUGUACCGCAAUACCUAUAUAGUUUUACUUCAUUUUUUUAUAUUUUAUACAAUUGACACUAAAUCUUAAAAUCUAUCAAUUGUAAUCAAAUAAAUAAUCUUAAGUAUAUAUGAAAUAAAACUUUUUAUUGACUGAUUGAAAAUUAUGAUCAAUACGAUUAUUAAAUUUUAUGCUAAAAGCAUAAAUGCGGUUAAAACCAGAUUUGGUCAGCGGUUGCGUAUGACGGCGGGCGGCGAACAUUCUAGAAGCGAAAGGAUUUCUUGCACGCAGAAUGUGAAUAAAAUCAUAAUUAUAAGCAAUUGUCGAUUGUAAUGGCCUUUAUAUCAACAUCGCUGUGUAUAUUUUUUAUUGUCAACUUUUUAUUAUAACAAUGUUCUAUUAUAAAACUAUGAUUAUCUGUAUAUGAAUGACUCACCGGUCCUAUAAAUGUAUAGACCUGCUAACGUAUCGGCUGAGCUGCUGGAGGGGGCAAUCGGGCGAUCGAG